AUGUCCGUCGAGGCUGGCAUUUCAAACUUAACCUUAGACGGCCACGACCAAGAUCGGGACGUUCUCAUUCUAUAUGCCACAGAGACAGGCAAUGCCCUCGACGUAGCAGAACAGAUAGUGCGAGAGGCUCGACGACGACUAUUUACUGUGCGACUCUCCAGUGUGGACGCAUAUCCUCUAGAAGAACUCAUUCAUGAGUCACUUAUCAUUUUCGUAGUGUCCACAACUGGUUCUGGUAUUGAGCCGCGUUCGAUGACUCCAAUGUGGAAUAUGCUCCUCCGUGCGGAUCUUCCGCCAGACAUCUUUGAGGACCUCCACUUUGCGGUUUUCGGUUUAGGGGAUAGCGCUUAUGAGAAAUUUUGUUGGGCUGCAAAGAAGCUAUCAAGACGAAUGUUGAGUCUUGGUGCGCGGGAGAUAUGUACACGGGGAGAAGGCGAUGAACAACAUCCGCUUGGCGCAGAAGGCGCUUUGGAUGUAUGGAUGCCGGAGGUUUUCUCUACGUUAGAGUUACUACUUCCUCCACCGCCAGGCUCGAGUUUUGAGGAUGUCAAUAUUUUACCGCCUCCGCGAAUAGCAAUCUCAAGCUCGUCCAGAUCCUCUUCGCCUAUGAAUGACGACCCUUUAGCGGACAUAGUUGGCUAUCAUUUGGCAACUGUGCGAUUCAAUGAUCGUAUAACUGCGCCGGACUGGUUCCAGGACGCGAGGCACAUGGAGUUCGACUUGGAGGAUGAUGUCAUCUACUCUCCAGGAGACGUCGCUGUGAUUCACCCGGUUCAACCCGCGUCGGACGUCGAGUCCUUGCUCGAGAGUGUUGGCUGGUUGGAGUCUGCGGAUGAAGAGAUACGUCUUUCGAUUACCGAUCCUAUAUGGCAUUUCCCAGAGACAUUUCCGACCGUGACAACGCUCAGGCAGCUUUUCACCCGACAUCUCGACAUAAAUGCUAUACCUCGACGGUCCUUCUUUAGGAUGCUUCGACACUUUGCGACUGAUGAACUUGAAUCGGAGAAAUUAAGGGAGUUUUGCACUACUGAGGGUGCUGAUGAAUUGUACGAAUAUGUCGGACGCGUAAGACGGACUAUACGAGAGGUGCUCGCCGAAUUUCGAUCAGUGAGGAUUCCGAAGGUGUAUAUGUUUGAUGUCUUUCCUUUGCUUCGUCCACGGCAAUUCUCGAUUUCGAGCUCUGCUUUGGUUCAUAGAAAGCAAGUUCAUCUAUGCGUAGCUAUUGUCCGGUAUCGAACCAAAUUAAAGAUCCCGAGACGGGGUGUGUGUUCUACGUACCUUGCUGCGCUGAGGCCAGGUGACACUUUACGAAUAAACAUUCAAAAGGGCUUCCUGUCCCUUCCUACGAAUUCAGAGACGCCGAUCGUCUGCGUUGGACCUGGAACAGGGAUUGCACCGAUGCGUGCGUUGAUAGAGCAGCGUGUUCAUGAUGGUGCGAGCGAUAACACCCUGUACUUCGGCUGUCGUUCAGAGUCGAAGGAUCACCAUUACGGAUCUCAGUGGCGAGCUUUGGUAGAAGCCAAGAAGUUAACAUACCGGACGGCUUUCUCUCGUGAUGGUCCGGAGGGUACGAAGCGCGUUUAUGUACAAGAUCGGAUGCGAGAGGAUGCGGAGAGGAUUUGGGAGGUACUUGGACGGAGGGAAGGAUGGUUGUACAUCUCAGGAUCUUCGAAUAAAAUGCCAGCUGCGGUGAAGGACGCUGUACUCUUCGCAGCUAGAGAGGUUGGAGGGUUGGAGGAGGAGGAAGCAAGAAUGUUCUUGAAGAGGAUGCAGGAUGGUGGGAGAUUAUUUGAGGAGUGUUGGAGUUAGCAGGUUGUGUAUUUUAGAUAUCGUGCAGGUAGUAGACGGUU